AUGUCUCGGCGAACUCGGGACCAAGAGGUUCACCUCCUGGCCGACACUGACGGACAAGCGGCGCAGCAAGACGACGACGGCUCCUUUUGGUCCGUCGACGACGACUGGGUCGCGGACAAAGGCCCAUCGCCGAGCCAAGCAGGCGGAGACGGAAGCGGCGACGGCGACGGAACGAAGACCGCCACAUGCGACCCGACGGGACCGAGGGGUCACGCCAAAGCAAGAAUUGCCAGCGGCCCAGGGGGGCCCAAGACGACCAAGCCGCCGCCGAGCGUCGCGUUCGCCGCUCCCGGUGAGCAGGACGGGGUUGAACUGGACAUGGAUGCGAUAAACGGAAGACCGGGGCUGCAUCGCAGCGGCAAGUCCGGCACGCCGCUUCUCACCAAGCAGGAGGACAAGGGCGAGACCAUCACCCACCGUGGCCGCCGCUCGAGCGAUGGGCCGACCAGGAGCCUCGACGGGAGCGUGUCCUACAGCCACGAUGGCUUCGACGGAUACGAAAAUCGCACACGACCGACGGCCACGAGGCGGUCGACGAUGCGCAGUCGCAGCCCGCGCGAGGUUGCUGCCGAGAAGGCGAUGCGAAGAAAGUACACCUUUGCCGUCUUCUUCCUCGCCGUCAGCCUCGUCGCCUUUUGCGUCCAGACGGAGCUGAGCGCGUACAUCCAGAACGACCUCGGCUGGAGCAAGGCCUACUGCAUGAUGUACUUCACCCACGGUUCCUGGGUCGUCCUGUGGCCCGUCACGCUCGCCGUCGUGCGCGUCCGCAAGAGCAAGGUCCCCUGGUCCGUCUUCUGGCGCGACCACGUGCACAUGAUUGCGUCGACCGUCACCAUGAUCGAGCUGCAGACGCUCGACGUGCACGCGCCCGCGACCCAGCGGCGGGCCCGCCCCUGGCGGUACCUGGUGCGGACGACGGCCCUCCUCACCUCGACGCUGACCGUCGCCGGGCUGAGCUGGUACAUUGCCGUGAGCCUAACGACGACGUCGGACCUCACGGCCAUCUACAACUGCUCCGCCUUCUUCGCCUACGUCUUCUCCGUGCCCAUCCUGCGGGAGCCGCUGCGGCUGGACAAGUCGGUGUCCGUCUUCAUCGCCAUCCUCGGCGUCCUCGUCGUCGUCUACGGCGACACCGAGCCCGCCGCCAGCGUCGAUGCCGAGUCCGGCAAGCCGACGCCCUCUGGCGGCAGCCGUUUGUUCGGAAACCUCAUCAUCGGCGCCGGCUCCGUCCUCUACGGCCUCCACGAGGUUCUCUACAAGCGCCUCGCCUGCCCGCCCGAGGGCGUCUCGCCCGGCAGGGGCACCGUCUUCGCCAACGCCUUCGGCGCCUGCAUUGGCCUCUUCACCCUCACCGUCCUCUGGAUCCCGCUGCCGAUCCUGCACCUGUUGGGCAUCGAACGCUUCGAGUUGCCGGUGGCGUCGACCUGCUGGCUCAUCCUCGCCGCCGUCCUCGCCAACGCCACCUUUAGCGGCUGCUUCCUCGUGCUCAUCUCCCUCACGUCGCCGGUGCUGUCCUCGGUGGCGGCGCUGCUGACCAUCUUCAUCAUCGCCCUCGUCGACUGGGUCGUCAAGGGGCAGCCGCUGAGCUGGGCGGCCAUCAUCGGGGGGUCCAUGAUCAUCGUCGCCUUCCUCGCCUUGAGCUGGAGCACCUACCGGGAAAUGAUGGAGCACGAGGCACAGAAGAUGGCCGUCGACCUGACGGACAGCGACGAGGAAGGGGACUUGUCGCCAAGCGAGCACUAG